GCGGUCACUGCGGUCACACUCCUAGCGCGUUGUUUAAUUUUUUGUUGGCGUCGGUUCGUGCAUUUCUUUUGUCCACUAAACAAUUGUAUUUUCGUGUAAUUAACUGCGGUUGUCAUUUAAAACGACAAAAGAGAUCGUGCAACACGGCCAAACAAAUUCGAUGCUAAGCAAAAUGGCUCAACCCAACAAUGUCAGUGGUGGAGGUGGAACGGGAGGAGGAGUAUCCGCCAGUGGCUCGGGACGUCGCUUGCCGCUCACGCUUGGCGCUGGAACUGCUGUAAGCCGGUCCCAACAGGGCGGUGGCAGCCCCCAGAACGGUGGCAAGAAGGCAGAAUCAUUUGGCGCUGGCCCAUUUGUAUCGCUCAAAAAAACCAGCGGACAGAGAUCCGGAUCAACGAGCUCUUCCUCGAGUGGCUCCACCCCCAAGGAGGACGAGAAGAAGAGCACUAAUGGCGUCGGCAAGUCCGCCAACGGGAAAGAUAAGACACCGCAGAACGGCAACUCCGCCAAGGAACAGAAGCCCAAGGAAAAGGUCGAAAAACUAGCUGAGAAGAGGGACAACAAGGAUGCCCAAGAAAACACCAACGUCAACAGCGAAAAGGAAGCCAAAGGCCGUAGCAGAUACUGCACCAAUUGUAAAAAAGAAAAGACUGUAGAGAUUGAUCUAACCGUCGCUGAACCUAAUAAUGAUGUGGUUGUGGUACAAGAGAGUCCAGUGAAAGUGCCCACCACCCCCACUGGCGAGCGGAAAUCGUUGCGCAAAGCGGCGGCGGCCAGCCAGCAAAAAUCUCCAAGCAACAAGCAGAGCUCCUCGCCGGCUACAAAGAAACAGACAGAAACGGCAGUGGCUGCUCCAGAGCCAGUGGUGGAGACUCCCGGUACACCACAGGAGGAUGUUGAAAUGGAGCCACUGACCAUGGAUGCCUCACCCAUACGCAGUGUGACGAGUGCUGUUGGCCAUCUCAAUGCCCAGCCGGCUGCCACAUCGACACCAGGACGCCGCCUGUUUGGUUUCGGGGGAAGCACCAAGCCGCCGAGCAAUGAAGUCAACCUGGUUGCUCAGCCAUCCAGCCCGGCCCCGGUCCGCACUUUUGCACAGAUCAGUGGUCGGCGCAGCAUACGCAACACAACCUCGCUGACACCGUCAAAAGUGGGCACCUACAGAUGCACCAACAAUGAUCUGGAUACAUCUAACUGCACAAAUUACAGCAUGAAUGCUACAGUUGGCUCAGAGAUACCCAACAGUUCGUCAUUCUCCUUCUCGUUCUUUGGGCGCGGACGCAAGCGCGAGCGUACACCGCCCCAACAACUGCUGGGAUCACAGUCGACCACUGACUUGCCGCUGGAAAUGGAAACUUCGCCACCAAAGCGCGCCCGCUUUGAUCUCUUCAGCCUGAACUUGGCAUCUCCUUUCUCUUUGCUACGCUCGCGCUUCUCGAAGACCGUCAACAUCAGCUCGCCCCAGCGAUUGCGUCUGGAUCAAUCCUCAACCGAAGGAGACGAAAAUGGCAAAGUCCAGGACGUUCAGUGCAUUGCUGUCGAAAUGGAUCAACAGCAGCUCAACAUAUCUUCGGGCAGUGCUGAGGAGCAGGACAAAAAGGAGGUGACUGUCGGCCAAGAGGCGGGCCUGGAGACGCCUAAGAAGGCCGGAAGUCCAGACAAAGAAAUCCACGAGAAAGAAAUCAACAAUGGCACCGCCGAAGCUGAUGGCGAGAAUAUUUCUUCGGUUGCAGAGGCUGCCGUGGAAGUAUCUGUGGGCGAAAACCGUUCGCGCUGCUCAAUAAUGUAAACGAUGAAUGGAUGGAUGGACUUCCCUCAAUGAUAAACAACUCCCAAUCCCCUUACCCUUAGCUGAUAAAAUUAUGUCUUAUGUCGUAGCAUAUCCGUCACCCUUUCAUGUAGUUUGUGUUUUGACAAAAAUCACAUGUUAAGAGUGAGCUGCAACCCCACCCCUUUUAUGGCCAUAGCCAGCACGUGAUGCGGCACUGGCUGUUCUCUUCUGGCGGAAGGAAGAGCUAACCCAAGCAAGGCCCAUCACGUGUCCGUCCUGGCGGUGAUUCCUCGCUAAAUGGCUGAGUUGCAAUCUGAAGCUUCUCAGGCAUCCACUGACGAAUCGCCUGGCACCGAGAACAAUACGCCACCAUCUCGUGUGUACCCAGACAAUUUGGGUACCAGAAGAAACAAGUAUUUAGUUGUAGUGGAUAAGAAUUCGAAGUUUUAUGUUAAAUGUACGUCAUUUUUCGUUAAAUUAAAGGCUUUCUAUCAAAUAAACACAAGAAAGUAUAAUAUAAACAAAAAGUUGCGACAAAAUUUAACGCA